AUGGCUUCCAAAGUCACGCGGCUGCUCCUACUGCUCAGCUUCGUGGCCAAUCCUGAAGUCCUGGGUGAUAUCAUCAUGAGACCCAGCUUUGCCAAUGGAUGGUUUCACUACAGAUCCAAUUGCUAUGAAUACUUCCGGAAGCUGAGGAACUGGUCUGAUGCUGAGCUCGAGUGUCAGUCUUAUGAAAAUGGAGCCCUUAUGAAAAUGGCAUCUAUCCUGAAUUUAAAGGAAGCCAGCGUCAUAGCUGAGUAUAUAAGUGGCUAUCAGAGAAACCAGCCUGUAUGGAUUGGCCUGCAUGACCUGCAGAAGAGGCAGCAGUGGCAGUGGAUGGACGGGGCCUCGCACCUGCACAGACCCUGGUCUGGCCAGGCCGCAAGUGAGAGCAAGCACUGUGCAGAGCUGAGCUCCGGAACCAACUUUUUAACUUGGAACAACAAUGACUGCAGCAAGCGCCAGCACUUCCUGUGCAAGUACCGACCAUAGUGCAAGAGUCAAGACUGCUGCCCCCUGAACAGCUCGUUUCCUCCCUCUUCUCUGCCACACCAGCUAAGCUUGAUCAUUGUCUCAGAGGGUGAACCUAGCAACUAAGAGCCACGAGACCCCUAUUGCACUGACUUUUUGGCUAGCUCUAAAUGGUCACCCCACUAUCCCUCUACGUAGUGCUCCGCUGUCUUCUGCUCUCUCCAGUUGUCUCGAGCAGUCUAGGAGAGCGUGACCCCACACCAACCCAUGAAACAGCUGGGGCUUUGGCCAUAAGGAGUUUGAGGACAGGAGGAAGAAACUCAG